AGGGAAGUAGUAAUGAAAAUAAAAGAGGGGUAUUUCCGUAAACUCGCGCGUUACAGUGACAAACCUGGCAUCCGUAGCGUUUCGCAGUGUUUCUUUCGAACGCAUUCUUCUCUCCCCGCACGCACAAAAACAAAACAAAAGUUCUUCUUCUUCCUUAUUCUCAUUAUUCCCUGCGAUUAGAUCGUACAAUUUUUGGAACCCUAAUCUACCACAUUUCAUUUCACACCUUCAUCGCAACCUCGCACAAUACACUAUUCGAAUCAAUCUUCUCCGUUAACGUCGAUUAUUUCAUCAUCGGAGAGUCAUCGAUGGCAAUGAUCGGUAACGAAAUUCCCUCUCAUUCCUCCGAUAACCUCCAAUCGAGUCGGCUUCCGGUCUCCUCGCCUUGGAAUCAGAUAGUACGCGGCGAAUCGGAGUUCGUUCCCGCCGUUUCUUCAUCGCCGCCGUCGGAGGAACCUUUUCCGUCCGCAACCACGGCGGUUGAUGACUCUAGCUCUGUUUUGGAGACCUCCGAUAACGGUGGUGAGCAGAAUGGCGGCACUGAUAAGAGACCUGCUUGGAAUAAGCCUUCCUCCAAUGGUGCAGCUUCGGAGGUACGGCCGGUUAUGGAUGCACACUCUUGGCCAGCGUUGUCUGAUUCGGCUAGAGCUUUUACGAAAUCGGAGUCAUCAAAGGGUUUGUUAGAUGGAUCUUCUGUUUCUCAAUCGCAGGGUAUGGAAAGCAUGCCUUCUUCCUCUUCCCAGACGCAGAGACAAGUUGAAGAUCAUGUAAAUUUAAACAAUAUGGCAUCAACUCGCCAGAAACCAAUCAAACACAACAGUUCAAAUGCCUCUUCUAAUGGAGGCCACAUACAGCAGUCUGCUCCCCAAGUUGCUAUAGUUUCAACAGGAUCUCACAACUCUUUUUCCAAAGACCAUACACAGAGAAGUGGGUCUGUGUCCAGUGACCAUCCACAGCAGCGUAAUUCAUUUAGAAAUCGUAGUAAUGGUCCGCAUCAGCGUGGAGAUGGUUCUCACCAUCAUAACUACGGGAACAGGCGUGAUCAAGACUGGAAUAGUCGUCGAAAUUUCAAUGGUAGAGACAUGCAUGUGCCACCAAGAGUUUCUCCAAGAAUAAUAAGGCCAUCUCUGCCUCCUAAUUCUGGACAAUUUAUUCAUCCACAAUCAUUGCGGCCUUUUGGUGGCCACAUGGGAUUCCAUGAACUAGCACCUCCAGUGGUAUUUGUCGCCGCUCCACCUCCACCUCCACCCCUGGAUUCACUAAGAGGUGUUCCCUAUGUGCCUCCUAUGGCACAUCCUGCUCUUUAUUAUGCCGGGCCAGACCCUCAGCUGCAUAGUAUGAUAGUUAGUCAGAUUGAGUACUAUUUUAGUAAUGAAAAUUUAGUUAGGGAUACAUUCUUGCGGCAGAAAAUGGAUGACCAGGGCUGGGUUCCAAUAAAACUAAUUGCAGGCUUCAAAAAAGUUAUGCUUUUGACAGACAAUAUCCAGCUUAUAAUGGAUGCAGUUCGAACUUCAUCUGUUGUUGAAGUGCAGGGAGACAAAAUAAGGAGGAAAAUUGAUUGGAUGAAAUGGAUCAUGCCUCCUCCUGUUCAGUUUCAUAAUGUUGAGACUCCAGGUGUGCUGACUCAUGACACGCUCUCAGAAGAAGUGCACAACAUUUCUCAGGAGACCACGAUCUAUGCUGGUGCUGGAGGACUAGUUCUACCAGAUAAGAUAAGUACUGGUCAAGUUGGUCAUCAUGACUCAGAUGACUCUAUUUCAACGAGAAAUUAAAGUUACAAAUGUGCUUCAACACAUUGUUUUUUUUGGAGAGCCCGUAAAAGUUAUGGACACAUGAAGCAGGUAUCUAAAAACUAUCUCACUUUUUUGCACGUGGCACAAUGGAGAGUAAUUUCUCACUGAGACAUAUUUAGGAUAACAUGAUUGAGGAAUGGGAAGAAAAUUCCUAUUGCAAAACAGAAAACAGGACUAAAUGGCAAAGUUGAACCCCUCUCCCUCUAAAAAUGAACAGCCAUUUCAUUUUUAUUUUCAAUUGUUGUGGACCUAGUGGCACAACUGUUAUUAUUACUUAUUAUUAUUAUGGGAUACAUAUAUGUAUGUUCUUAGCCUUAGAGGAUGGUUUUGCUUGCUUGAA